GCGCGCGCGCGGCCAUGGAGCGGAGCGGGCGCCGCCGCCGCCGGCACUGAGGGAGGGAGACGCGAGAGGGAGAAGGGAGCGCGUCCGCCCGGCCCCCGCCCCCGCCCCGCAGAAUGGACUGCUGAAUUGGGAUUUAUUGCAGACUCAACUGUACAGCGCUGCUCAUUGCUUCAUCUAUUACCAGUUAUUUAAAUUGGACUUUUAAUAUCCUGCCAGCUGCUGUCCACACACACAUGGUGCAUUGUUGCCAUUCUCAGAAUUGCAUCUUUGAAACCCAGGCCCUCAGUAACCUUCACAGAAGAAAGAGGCGACCUCCUGCGUGCAUUUGUAGAGGGAGUUUUUGGCCCUGCUGCCCUCUGGCUUUCUGGCUGCUGCUGUAUUUCUGAGACACCAUGGAGCCCAGCAUGGAGUACUGCUUAGCACAGGUGCUGCAGAAGGAUGUUGGAAAAAGACUUCAGGUUGGCCAGGAAUUGAUAGAUUAUUUCUCAGAUAAACAGAAGUCAGCUGAUCUUGAACAUGAUCAGACUAUGCUGGAUAAAAUGGUUGAUGGACUGGCCACUUCUUGGGUAAAUUCCAGCAAUUAUAAGGUGGUUCUCCUGGGGAUUGACAUCAUCUCUGCACUGGUGUCCCGCUUGCAAGAUCGCUUCAAGGCCCAGAUUGGCACAGUGCUGCCAAGUUUACUUGAUAGGCUGGGAGAUUCUAAGGACUCAGUGAGGGAGCAGGAUCAGACCUUGCUGCUGAAAAUCAUGGAACAAGCUGCUAACCCUCAGUACGUGUGGGACAGGAUGCUGGGAGGAUUCAAACACAAGAAUUUUCGGACAAGAGAAGGGAUUUGCCUCUGCCUUAUUGCAACACUCAAUGCAUCUGGAGCUCAGAGUUUAACACUGAGCAAGAUAGUGCCACAUAUAUGUAACUUACUUGGAGAUCCAAACAGCCAGGUUCGAGAUGCAGCAAUAAACAGCCUUGUGGAAAUUUACAGACAUGUUGGUGAACGUGUAAGGGCUGAUCUCAGUAAAAAAGGAUUACCCCAGUCUCGGUUGAAUGUAAUUUUUACAAAAUUCGAUGAGGUCCAAAAAUCUGGAAACAUGGUCCAGACUUCAGUUGAUAAAAUUUUUGAUGAUGAAGACUCCGUGGAUGGGAACAGACCUUCCUCAGCCAGCUCCUCUACAUCUUCAAAGGCCCCUGCAAACUCUCGCAGAGUUGGGAUGGGCACUACCCGCAGGCUUGGCUCUGCACCUCUGGGCUCCAAGUCUUCAACAGCCAAAGAGGGGGCAGGUGCUGUGGAUGAAGAAGACUUCAUUAAGGCAUUUGAAGAUGUCCCAACAGUUCAGAUUUAUUCCAGCCGGGAUCUUGAGGAAUCCAUAAACAAGAUCAGAGAGAUCCUGUCAGAUGAUAAACAUGACUGGGAACAGAGAGUUUCUGCGUUGAAAAAGAUCCGCUCCUUACUUUUGGCUGGAGCUGCAGAAUAUGAUAACUUCUUCCAGCACUUAAGACUUUUGGAUGGAGCAUUUAAAUUAUCUGCUAAAGACCUGCGCUCUCAAGUUGUCAGAGAGGCUUGUAUCACCUUGGGACAUUUGUCAUCAGUUCUGGGAAACAAGUUUGACCAUGGGGCAGAAGCCAUCAUGCCAACAAUUUUUAAUCUAAUUCCAAAUAGUGCCAAAGUCAUGGCCACUUCUGGUGUUGUAGCAGUUAGAUUAAUCAUUCGACACACGCACAUCCCUCGGUUAAUACCCAUCAUAACCAGUAAUUGUACCUCCAAGUCUGUUGCAGUUAGAAGGCGCUGCUUUGAAUUUUUAGACUUGCUGUUGCAGGAGUGGCAAACACACUCCUUAGAAAGACACAUAUCAGUGUUGGCUGAAACAAUAAAGAAGGGAAUUCAUGAUGCAGACUCUGAAGCCAGGAUAGAGGCAAGAAAGUGCUACUGGGGUUUCCACAGUCACUUCAGCAGAGAGGCAGAGCAUUUGUACCACACCUUGGAGUCUUCCUACCAGAAGGCCCUGCAGUCCCACCUGAAGAACUCGGACAGCAUCGUGUCCCUCCCACAGUCGGAUCGCUCCUCCUCCAGCUCCCAGGAGAGUCUCAACCGUCCACUGUCUGCCAAAAGAAGUCCUACUGGAAGUACAACAUCAAGAGCAUCUACAGUAAGUACAAAAUCUGUGUCAACACCAGGAUCUCUGCAGCGAUCCCGCAGUGACGUCGAUGUGAAUGCAGCAGCUAGUGCCAAGUCAAAAGUGACGUCUGCUGGAGCAUCCACCCCCUUCAGUUCUGCUGCAGCCUUGCCCCCAGGGUCAUACGCAUCACUAGGCCGGAUCCGCACCCGGAGGCAGAGCUCUGGCAGCGCCACCAGCGUCACCUCCACGCCUGCCGACAGCCGGGGCCGCAGCCGCGCCAAAGUGGUGUCCCAGUCCCAGCGAUCCAGAUCAGCUAAUCCUGCUGGUGCUGGCAGCCGGUCUAGCUCUCCGGGUAAGCUCUUAGGAAGCUCCUAUGGUGGCCUGAGCAGUGGAGCAUCCCGAGUGCAGGCAGUGCCAUCCUCCUCAGAGAAGCGCAGCAAGAUCCCGCGGAGCCAGGGCUGCAGUCGGGAGACGAGUCCCAACAGAAUAGGCCUAGCACGGAGCAGUCGCAUCCCCCGACCCAGCAUGAGUCAGGGGUGCAGUCGUGAUACCAGCCGUGAGAGCAGUCGAGAUACAAGCCCUGCUCGGGGCUUCCCUCCACUUGCUUCUCGACGUCAUUCCAGGUCCACUAGUGCUCUCUCCACUGCUGAUUCUGUUGGGCAGUCAGACCGGUUUGGGCUCGGACAGCCAGGCAGGAUGCCUGCUUCUGUGAAUGCCAUGCGAGUCCUGAGCACCAGCACUGAUCUGGAGGCUGCUGUGGCUGAUGCACUGAAGAAGCCAGUGAGGAGGAGGUAUGAGCCCUAUGGGAUGUACUCGGAUGACGAUGCCAACAGCGACGCCUCCAGCGCCUGCUCGGAGCGCUCCUACGGCUCCAGGAACGGGGGCAUUCCGCACUACCUGCGCCAGACCGAGGACGUGGCUGAGGUCCUCAACCACUGUGCCAGCUCCAACUGGUCUGAAAGGAAAGAGGGGCUCAUAGGCCUUCAGAAUCUGCUGAAGAGCCAGCGGACACUGAGCCGAGUGGAGUUAAAAAGGCUGUGUGAAAUAUUUACUCGCAUGUUUGCUGACCCUCACAGCAAGAGAGUCUUCAGCAUGUUUCUGGAAACCCUGGUUGAUUUCAUCAUCAUUCAUAAAGACGACUUGCAGGAUUGGCUUUUUGUUCUCCUGACCCAGUUGCUAAAGAAAAUGGGAGCAGAUUUGUUGGGGUCUGUGCAGGCAAAGGUUCAAAAAGCUCUGGAUGUCACCAGGGAUUCUUUUCCAUUUGAUCAGCAAUUUAACAUUUUGAUGAGGUUUAUUGUAGAUCAGACCCAGACACCAAACCUGAAGGUCAAAGUUGCUAUCCUGAAGUACAUUGAGUCCUUGGCAAGACAGAUGGAUCCAACAGACUUUGUGAAUUCCAGUGAGACAAGACUUGCUGUAUCUAGAAUUAUUACUUGGACUACAGAACCAAAGAGCUCAGAUGUGAGAAAGGCAGCACAAAUAGUCCUGAUUUCUCUCUUUGAAUUGAACACUCCUGAGUUUACCAUGUUACUUGGUGCCUUGCCAAAAACAUUCCAGGAUGGUGCUACCAAGCUCCUGCACAACCACCUCAAGAACUCCAGUAACACCAGUGUGGGUUCCCCCAGCAAUACCCUUGGUCGGACUCCUUCCCGGCACUCCAGCAGCAGAACCAGCCCCUUAACUUCACCUACCAACUGCUCCCAUGGUGGACUGUCUCCAAGUCGGCUCUGGGGUUGGAGUGCAGAUGGGCUGUCGAAGCACCCCCCUCCCCUUUCUCAGCCUAACUCCAUCCCCACUGCUCCUUCCCACAAGACUUUCAGACGCUCUUACUCUCCCAGUAUGCUGGAUUAUGACACGGAGAACCUAAACUCUGAUGAAAUCUACAGCUCUCUUCGUGGAGUCACAGAAGCAAUUGAGAAAUUUAGUUUCCGUAGUCAAGAGGACCUGAAUGAGCCAAUCAAACGUGAUGGAAAGAAGGACUGUGACAUUGUGUCUCGGGAUGGUGGCCUUGCUCUCCCUAGUGGCGAUGUCCGCGGAAGCGGUGACGUUGUGGAAGGCGGCAGGAUGGCUCUGGAUAACAAAACCUCCCUGCUGAACACGCAGCCUCCCCGCGCCUUUUCGGGGCCCCGUGCUCGGGAGUACAACCCCUAUCCUUACGCUGACACCAUUAACACUUACGACAAGACUGCCCUGAAGGAAGCAGUGUUUGAUGACGACAUGGAUCAGCUCCGGGAUGUACCCAUUGACCAUUCGGAUUUGGUGGCUGAUCUUCUGAAAGAGCUCUCCAACCACAACGAGCGGGUGGAGGAGCGGAAAGGAGCUCUCCUGGAACUGCUGAAGAUCACAAGGGAGGAUAAUCUUGGAGUUUGGGAGGAGCAUUUCAAAACCAUUCUGCUCUUGCUGCUGGAAACGCUUGGAGACAAAGAUCAUUCAAUCAGAGCCCUGGCACUGCGGGUCCUAAGGGAGAUCCUGCGGAACCAGCCGGCGCGGUUCAAGAACUACGCAGAGUUGACUAUCAUGAAAACACUGGAAGCACAUAAGGAUUCCCACAAGGAGGUCGUCAGAGCUGCUGAAGAAGCUGCUUCCACCCUGGCCAGCUCCAUCCACCCCGAGCAGUGCAUCAAGGUGCUCUGCCCCAUCAUUCAGACUGCAGACUAUCCAAUUAACUUGGCUGCCAUCAAAAUGCAAACAAAAGUCAUCGAGAGGAUUUCCAAGGAGUCGUUGCAUCAGCUCCUACCUGAUAUCAUUCCUGGGUUGUUACAGGGUUAUGAUAACACGGAGAGCAGUGUCAGAAAAGCCAGUGUAUUUUGCCUAGUGGCUAUUUAUUCAGUAAUUGGAGAAGAACUGAAACCUCAUCUCGCACAACUCACAGGAAGCAAGAUGAAGCUACUAAACUUGUAUAUAAAGAGGGCACAGACCACCAACAGCAACAGCAGCUCCUCUUCAGAUGUUUCAACGCACAGUUAAUGGAGAUGUGUGGACAUGUGUGUAGACUUAGAAGCAAACAACGGUGCCUCUCAGACCUUUCUGCUACUCUUCGCUGGCGCGCUCCAUCAGCUCAAGGAGGCCAUGCAGAUAUUUAUUGCAAUCAGUAUUUUAGUCCCUUCAAAGCUUUUAUGUAGAAUCUUACUGGUAUUGAAUGUAAAGGAAGCAAGGUCUGUGUCGCAGUCUUCAUUAAAAGUGAACAUCAGAAAGCCAUACUUAAACAUAUUUGUAUAGCCUGCUGAAAUCUCAGAAAUAUGUUUAGGUUAGCAUUCUAACACUGAGUCCAAGAACCUGGGCACGUGUAAAAGUCAAACAAAUCUUGUGGGUUUAGUUCAUACCCAGUUUUGGUUCCUGUGUGUUAAUUACCUGCUCUCUCCCCUCAGCCAUUCUGGCUGGGUCCUUCUCUUCUUUCAAGUCUUGUGUUCCUGUUCUGUACUCCCUGUUGCAGCUUAGCUGACUUACAGGGCCCUCCAUGGGGAGAUCUUUGCAGGUAUGGCUGUGAUUCCAGCCUCAGAUGCUUUAAUACUGAGAGAUACCAAGUGAGUAAUGAAAGUAGGUUCUUUUUAAACAUCUGAGUUUUGUACAUAGUUCUGACAGACCCCAGAUGAGCUGAUCUCUCUCUAACUGCUAUCCAGCCAGCUGUGCUGUGCAUAACAGCUGGGCUCUUGCUCUUUUCAUUGACUUUGUAAAUACUUCUCCCCUCUCAACCCAUUUGGCUCUUUCAUAUGUUCAAAAGACUCUCCGGGUUACCUGUUACUCCCCAAAGGGAACCUGAGACCCAGUUCUGGGACUGAUUCUGCAAAUAGGAUAGUGGAGUUGGGUGGGUGGGAUUGGGUUAGGCUCUGAGUGUGUCAGUGGGUGGGCAGUGGGAGCUGGCAGAGCUGUACUGCAGUGCCAGCUGUUUUCCUUGAAAUCUGUAGCAUCAAAGGGCUGAUCUGCUGCUCUGACUGACCCACUGAUGCUGGAUGGCUUUGUCCCCACGGCUCCUUUGCACUUUGGGCAAAAUGUUCAUCCCAGAGGACAGAAAGGGUGUCUGAAUCUGAACAGAAAUACCACAUGGAAGCACCUCUGAGCCAGCUGGGACAGUGCUGGUUGCCUGCCACAGCCCCUCCUGUUCCUGAGGACCCUGCAGUGCUGCUAACUGCCCUUAGAAGCCUCCUUUGUGCCAUCUUCAUGCACAGGCUUGCUGAGUGCUCUGCAUUUCAGAAGAG